AUGGCCAUCCGGCAAAGCAGAAACCUGUCAAGCAGCUCCAUCAAGAAGCAGCUGUGGCGUAAGCACGCUCGCAGAUACCAUGCCCAGGCAAACAAGUCAUGGGUGAUCAGCAAGUACUUGCAGGAAUUGGAUCGCUUUGACAAAGAAGAUGUGCGAAAGCACGCUGCGCAUGUCGCGUCGUGGAUCGCGUAUGGCCCGAAAGCCCGCAUUCCAAAGACGGCUGAGAUCAAGCUCUUGCGGAAAUACGUCGCCAAGUUGGGAGGUGGCCUCCUACCUGAACGUUUGGAAGUGGUCCUACCAGAUGCGAAGACGGCGCUGCAGUCGGCCUUCACGAUGGGAAAGGUCAGCGAGGUCUGGAGACAGGCAGCGGACCAGCUGCAAAAGACUCUCGACAAGUUCCGCUGCUGCCGCCCGCAGACAGACCAAGCGCUCGCUGUGGCCGCAAUGCACGAGAGUGCAACAGCUGAUGUAGUUGUUGUGCCCGAUGACGACGAACCUUUCUACGAAAGCCCAGCGUUGGCGCAAGAAGAAGAGGCUGAGGCUAAAGAGUCAGGCCAGGCAAUGGCGCACACAGACCCGGGUGCCAAUCAUGAUCUACAGAGACGGGUGCGGUCGCUGUUGCUUCGGGCUCUUCGCAUGUGGCGGACCAGCCACUAUGAUUUCCGAGUGAUUGAGCAUGUGCUCGGUUUCGUCCAUGUGAAGAUCGACAAGUUUGAGGAGAAGGUCGGAGAUAUUCAAGAUGCUGCAGCUGGGAGUUCUUGGCUGGCCAUCAAAGAUGUAAUUGGUGAGCUGCUGCAGGGCGUCGCUUGCUGUGCUUCCGGACUCCAGGCUUGCGAAGACAGGCGCGAACCGCUCUUUAGACGGUUUCAGCGCCAGAGCGGGGUGCGAAACAUUUGCUGGAAAAAAGAAACUGCGAGCUGGCGAGUGCAGUGGCAGGAAGCCGGCAAGCGGAAGCAGCUCAACUUCCUUAUCUCCAAGCACAUGAAAGAGGGCCUCUCUGAGGAGGAGGCGGUGGCGGCCUCAUUGGAGGAGGCCAAGGUGUGGCGUGAGGAGCUGGUGCGCCAGGGCAAGCUGCAGCCCUCGAAGCCCAAAGCCACCGGUUCCACAGUGAUUGGCGUCACAAGCAACACAGGAGGAACUUUUCGGGUCGUACUCACCAACCCCCACACCAAGAAGCGCGAAGGCGGCACCUUCAAGACGCUGGUGGAGGCCGAGGCCAAGGCGUGGGAGCUGGCCAAGAAGUGGGGCCUGCACGACGAGGAGGUGCAGCGGCUCUCGGAGGUCCCGCACUUCGAGCCGCUCGGGCCGGAGAAGAAUGUGAGGUGGGUCCUCGGAGAGAAGGCCUGGCAUGCGCAGUGCAAUGUCGGAGGGAAGAACAGGCACAAGAGGUGCCGGCCCAAGGACCUCUCGGCGAAGGAGGUGGAGAAGGCCUGGAAUCAGGCGGUGGCCUGGCGCAAGCAGCGGGAGAAGGAGCGAGCCGACCGAGCUCCAAAGCGCUGA